UGAAGUCCAGUCUCGCCCCGAUUGGCUCCGGUGUCCAGGUGUCGUCCGGCGAAGCCGCCCCCGGUACUUCCGUGGUACCUACGUGUCAAAGUUGUAUCCGCAGUAUCGGACGUCUCGACGCGGGCGCCGGCGCGGACAGCCGUCCACAUCCUUCGGCAGCGAACUGAGCUCACAGCUCAGUCUCUGACGGUCUUUCGGUGAGAAGUAGCGUCGCGCGAUAUCCUGCUGCCUAGUGCUGACCAUGUGUAUUGCUGGCGGCUACCUCCGCUCGUGAUCACCACCCUUCUAGUGCUGUGACGGCUCCCGUCAUGGGCCGCCUUCCCAAGGGCUGACAAUUCUGUGAGGGGCCGCGGAGAGAGGCCAUGGCCUGCUGCUUAGUCGCGGCUUGGACCACCCUGCUGUGGCUUGCCUCAGCUACCGGUUUGGACCCUUCGGGUCUACUGUCGUCUGCCACGUCUCCAGAUCAAUCAAUCGACCUCCUGGGUGCCUUGGGUUCACACAACAGUAGUUGGGCAGGCGUUACACUGGCGCAAGGACCUCAGCAAAUUCGGCCGGCUUACUAUUUGCAAGGAGACUACCGGGACCUGAAGCUGCCGGCCGCCGCUUUUCAGCAGGUGUCGGACCUGCUGCGUCGCAGUCCCGAGUUCACGAUUGCGGCGUGGCUUCGCCAAGAAGUGGGCAACACGGGUAGCAUAGUGAGUUUCGCACACGGCUUAAACAGAUACUUAGAACUGCAAUCGAGCGGCCGGAAAAACGAAAUCCGGCUGCAUUAUACCUCGCGGGUGGACUCUAAAGUGUACGUGGAAACGUUCCAUUACAGACUCGCGGACAAUCUGUGGCAUCAUGUGGCUGUGUCGGUGAGUGGUUCGCAGGCAGAACUGCUAGUGGAUUGCCAUCCGCUCUAUAAAAGACUCUUGAGACCCGGUGCGCCGGACCGGAACUUCACCGAACCUCAACAGCUCUGGCUAGGCCAGAGAAACAAGCAUUACCACUUUAAGGGAGCCAUGCAGGACGUUCGUCUGAUAGGAGGUCCCCACGGUUAUCUGUCGCUGUGCCCGAGCCUGGACUCGACGUGCCCCACAUGUGGCCAGUUCUCGUUGCUGCAGAACACCGUUCAGGAGCUGACAAGGCAUCUUCAGGAACUUUCCGAAAGGUUGGUAGCAGCAGAGGGACGUAUCAGUAAAGUGGAGGAAUGUGACUGUCAGAAAUCGUGCCACGUCAACGGGACGGUGCAUGCGGACGGCGCCACGUGGCAACGGGGCUGUGAUUUAUGCGCUUGCGUGCACGGAGAAGUUCAAUGUCGGCCCGUCGAGUGUCCGGAGCUGCCCUGCAAACAUCCAGUCAACAUCAGCGGAGAGUGUUGCCAAAGUUGUCUUAGACAUUGUCUAUUUUAUGGUGCUUUUUACGACCAUGGAGAGCUAGUGACCAUCAAGAAGUGUGUAGAGUGUGAAUGUCAAGACGGCAGCAUGCAGUGUACGAGAAUAGAUCCCGAAACGAUGUGCCCCAAGCUCACGUGUCCUCCAGACGAACAAUUUAGCGUCGCAGAUAACUGCUGCAAGUUUUGCCCAGGUGUUGACUAUUGUGCAAAAGGGCAUGUUUGCCAUGCUAACGCAACCUGCCUCAACUUACAAACUACUUACGCUUGUCAGUGCGACCAAGGCUUUCAAGGGGAUGGACGAUUGUGCACUGAUAUCAACGAGUGCAAGCAAGAAGGCGGCCUCGAAGGUCAUCACUGCCAUCAAAAUACGCGUUGUGUCAACACCCCCGGAUCUUACACCUGCGAAUGCCUCGCCGGUUAUCGAAGAGUGGACAAAUUCAACUGCGCGGAAUUGGACGAGUGCAGCUCAGGUGAACACAACUGCGACAUCAACGCCGAUUGUAUCAACACCCAAGGCAGUUAUCAUUGCGUUUGUAAGGAAGGAUACACAGGAGACGGCUACAACUGCCAACCUGUUUGUAACCAAAGUUGUCUCAAUGGUGGAAUCUGCAGGAGUCCGGGCAAAUGCGCUUGUCCUAACGGCUACACUGGCUCCAGUUGCGAGCGAGAUUUGGACGAAUGCGCUACCAACGCCCAUCGAUGUACUGAAGCUUCAGUUUGUGUCAACAUGAUUGGUUGGUACUACUGUAAAUGUAAAGAGGGCUACCAGAGCCCCGUCUCAGACAAUAAUUUAGGAACUUUAUGCCAAGAUAUCGACGAAUGUGUGGACGAAUUGCACACUUGUCACCCGACUGCUCAAUGCGUGAAUCUCAACGGAGGCUUUCGAUGCGAAUGUCCUCCAGGAAAAGAAGACUGUCGCUUAAGCUGCAUGUUUGAAGGCACGGAACUGGCCCACGGCUUAUCUUUAUCGCCUCAGAAAGAUCCUUGCCAAACUUGCACUUGCAACCACGGAGUAAUUACCUGCGACAAGCCUCACUGCAACUGCUCCCUUCCUGGGAGUAGCCAAAAUCCGUGUUGUCCCCAAUGUGACAAGAAGCACGCUUGCAAGCACCAAGAGCUCACCGAUGUUAUCCUCAUGCACGGCGAGCAGUGGUCGUACCAAUGCCAGACUUGCGAGUGUCUCUACGGAGAAGUUGACUGCUGGGAGAUGAAAUGUCCGCCGUUAUUAUGUGACAAUCCUGUUCAAGCCAUCGGGGAUUGUUGUCCCCACUGCGACGACUUGUGUCCGUUGGGAAACGCGUCUACGUGGGGACAACCGUGCACUUUCGCGGGCAGAAUGUAUGAAUCGGGGGCGCAAUUUGCCGAUCCUAAUGAUCCCUGCGUCUCCUGCAACUGCAAGGUGCCGUUCUGCGCGGAACUGGUGAGCAAUGUCGCGUGUUGUGUGCAUCGGACGGAGUGCUUUGCUGCAGUUAUAAUUACCAUUGCGGUAACGAUACGCACGCAGUGGGCUUUGACGGAGUGGUGGCCACCAAAGCCGGUGCGAAGGGACACUCUGGUGGUGGCGCCGAAACGGCAAUCAGUGACUUUACUAAACAAUAUAGUGCAGCUCUUCGAGUGGCUAAUAGUAGUGCUGGGGUCGUCUACGUCAGUGACUCGAUGGGGGGCAACAAGACUGAACAAACGCCGCCAGGGGGCUGAAAAGCUCCACUCGAGGACCGGUCUAACAUUCCUGGACACUUGCGAGCCACUUGUGCAAUAGCCUACGGCCACUAUGAGUGUUCUGUCUGCCGAGCUAGGCUGCUUGCUAGGCCUCAUCCCAAGUGUCUUCCUAGUACCGUAGCCAGGUUUCAGCCUAGGCUUCGCCAGCUUUACAUUUGUUAUGAUGAUGUUACACUAAACACAAUCAAAUACGGAUGCUGGACUACUAGAAUGUAGCAACUCUAACCCCGUUCAAGUAUUCACAUUCGGCGCCUAACUGAUGUUAUAUAUCAAAAGAUGUAUAUUUAUCAAAGUUUAAUAUCAAAAGAACUAUAUUAUAUUAUAGUACAAUCACAAUCGUUUUAAGCGCAAGUUGUAGCAUAAUUAUUAUAAAAUUGUUCGAAUUUUAUGGCUUUUGCUUUGAAGUGCGUUUUAAACACAGGUGUCAGCAUUUUAGUAGUCCGUUCAGUAAUGUCUGUUUCUGUUUCUUGAGCAUAAUUACCAAAACUCUAGUCAAAUGAACGAUGGGCUUGCUAGAAUUGUACUACGCAAGCUUUACAUAUUAACAUCUAAAUUAAGUAAUGGAAGCAUAUCUAGCUACUUAAAAUUAUUGCAAUAUUAAAAUUGUGAUAUUGUUAAAUGAGACUAAUAAUUAAUGUAACUUUUCCAUUAAAUGUAAAUUAGUUCCUGCGACAUGUGCGCUGUAUAGCGCUCCAACAAUUUGGGGUGUUACUUUUGAGCAAAUAUUAAAUAUUAAAGAAAAAACAUGUACUUAGCACAAAGUAAAUAUUACGAUAAGAUAGUCUAAUCAAACACCAUCAAAUUUUUAAUAGUAUAAAAUUAAUUAUACCGCUGAACAACGAACUGUUUAGCUGUUCUUGAUUUGUAACAAUAUUCACUAGAUAGGUAACUUGUAAAUUAUUUAAUGCUCAUUAUUUACUUAUAUAGCGCAGUACCUAUUUUGUCGAUAUUUUUUUUACCAAAGAUGUCACUGUUGUACAUAAAAUAUGAUUGCAGAAGUAAUGUACUUUUAGAAAAAUGAAAAAUAGUUGAGAGUAUUAUUGAGCUAAAGUUUUUCAAGUAAAGCACAUACUCUUUGUCACAUCUCAGUAUUUUUUUCUUUACAUCAAUUAAUGCAGUGCAAACGAAUCUCAUCAUUAUGAUCAUUGGCUUCAAAGUUACAUUCUUAAGCAAAAUAAGCUGUAAUUUUCAUUUAGUUUGUUACAAAGUUACUAAAACAUAACUACCGACUAUUAUGUAUAUUUCGAGAUUUAUAUUUAUUUACAAAACAUGUUAUUAUUGUACAAACGUCGCCAUAAUCCUUCUGUUCUAAAGAAUGUGUGCCAAUCAUUAUUACAAAUAAAGUA